ACGCUAGGAGCUGUCCGCGGUGCUGAGGAGGAGGAGGAGGCUGCCAGAGCAGAGCUGAGAGCGGCCAGCAGCUCCUCACUGAGCCGCCAGCAGCCGGAGUCUGGAGAAGCAAACUAACAGCCCUCUGUGUCUGUGUCAAUGAGUGGAUUGAGACAGGGAAGCCGGGCUGAAGUCACCGAGAGCAGCGCUCAGUGUGUGUAGCCGGUGUUCGGCAGAGCUGCCAGUUCUUCUGUCCGCCACAGGAAAAGUGUUGAUCCCAAGGACGUUCACAACUCAAAGCUUGAGAAGCUCAGGAAGAGGAGAAGACGCGAUGAACGCAAUCAGAGAUUAUUUUCCAGUCCUGCUCGUUCUGGUGGCUCUGGUGACGGACGGGGACUCUAAAGCAUCUGCCUCUGAGGACAGCACAUCUAUCACAUCAGGGGGCCCUCCAGAGAGCGGGGCAAACCUGUACCCCACCACCCAGAACACAGGCAGAAUGCUCCCCACGAUCACUACCGCUCCACCCAUUAACGUCCCAAAUCAUCACCCACUCUACAGAAACCCUCCCCAGCACCAGGCCCCACUGGGCCCUCACGGUCAGUCACACUACUUUGAAGACAGUGGAGGAUCCACCUUUUCUAAAAUGCCAUCUGGUACUCCACUGGAUAAGAACAAUAAAAUAUCUUUGGAUAAAAGUGCUGAAAGCUCCAACAUGCAAGCAACCCAUACCAUGCAUGCAUUAACAACCGCUUUUCACUCCGACACCCACGUUCCUGUGAGCAGCACAGUUUUAAAAGACCCUGAACACUCUACCAUUAUCCCAGCUACUGCUACUUUUGCAAGGGAGAUAGCUAUAAGGCCAGGCCGUGAUGAAGAAGAGACAACCACCACUACCAUCACCACCACCACCAUCAUCACCACCAUGCAGAGUCCAGUUCCCUGUCAGCUGAACCUGACCAGGCCAGAAGGAUACAUAGAGGCUCCACCACAGUCCAGCUCUGCUUUUCACUCCACUAUGGACUGCAGCUACAUCAUCACUGUUUAUAUGGGCUAUGGAGUGGAGGUCCAGGUGAUGAAUGUGAAUCUAUCUGAGGGAGACAAGGUGGUGUUUGAGGAUGUGGGCCACCGGGAAAACACCAUGCUGGCCAAUGAGUCCAUUCUGAUGAGGGGGUUGGUAGUACGAAGCCACAGCAAUCAGAUCUCUAUCCGCUUCCAUAGCCCGAGGUCUCAGGCUGGAUCAGUACUACUCAGAUAUCAAGCCUUUGUGCUGAGCUGUGUCUUCCCCCAGCGGCCUCUCUACGGUGAUGUAUCAGUGAGCAGUCUCCACUCUAGAGGGGAAGCUUUCUUUUCCUGUCUGACCGGCUACCAGCUUCAAGGACCCAGUGUGCUGACCUGCCGCAAUGCUAGCACCCCCUACUGGAGUGGCAAGGAACCACACUGCCUUGCUGCCUGUGGUGGUAUAAUCAGGAACAUCACAGUCGGGAGGAUCGUCUCUCCUGGUUUUCCCAGCAACUACAGCAACAACCUGACCUGUCACUGGGUGCUGGAGGCCCCUGAGAGCCAGAGACUGCACAUCCACUUUGAGAAGGUGGCAUUGGCUGAGGAUGAUGACCGACUGCUGAUCAAGAAUGGCAACAGCAUUGAUGCCGCUGCGCUUUAUGAUUCAUAUGAGGUGGAAUAUCUGCCUAAUGAAGGUCUGCUCAGUACAUCCAGGCAUCUCUUUAUUGAGCUCACUACAGAUGCUACGGGCACAUCCACUGGCAUUGCCAUCAGAUACCAAGCUUUUGCAGCAGGCCACUGUUACGAACCCUUUGUGAAGUACGGUAACCUGACCAGCAGUGACAACACUUGGGCAGUGGGAGCUGUGGUGGAGUUUGCUUGCGACCCUGGCUAUACUCUGGAACAGGGAUCAGUCACCAUUGAAUGCAUGGACCCCAACAAUCCUCAGUGGAAUGAAACGGAGCCUGCGUGCAGAGCUGUGUGUAGUGGUGAGAUCACUGACUCAGCUGGGGUGGUGCUGUCUCCUAACUGGCCUGAAGCCUACGAUAAAGGCCAGGAUUGUAUCUGGGGAAUCCACGUUGAGGAGGACAAGAGGAUCAUGCUGGACAUUCAAGUGUUGAACAUCGGUAAGAAUGACCUGUUGACCUUUUAUGAUGGAGAUGACCUUACAGCCAAAGUACUGGGUCACUAUGGAGGAUCAAAGCCACGCUUCAAGCUUUACACCUCUACUGCAGACAUCACCAUCCAGUUCCAGUCUGACCCUGCCACUAAUGUCUAUGGCUAUGGCAACGGCUUUGUAGUUCACUUCUUUGAAGUAGCUCGUAAUGACACUUGCCCUGAACUCCCUGAGAUCUCUAAUGGCUGGAAGAGUACAUCUCACCCUGAGCUGGUUCAGGGCACCGUGGUCACCUACCAGUGUUACCCAGGCUAUCAAGUGGUGGGCGCCGAGCUGCUCAUGUGCCAGUGGGACCUCACCUGGAGUGGAGACCUCCCAAGCUGUGAGAGAGUGGUGUCGUGUGCUGACCCUGGUAAGGUGGAACACAGCAGGCGGGUGCUGUCAGGUCCACAUUUCAUUGUGGGUUCGAGCAUCCAGUACAUCUGUGAUAAGGGCUUCACUCUGUCUGGAAACAGUCUGCUCACCUGCUUCAACCGAGGAUCCUCAGGCCCCAUGUGGAACCAGAAGUUACCGAGAUGUCUGCCUGAGACUUUUGAGCCCUGCAGUCACCCAGGAACCCCCACCUAUGGGAUCCCCAGCUCCAACAAGAUCCACUUCCAGGCAGGAGAGACCCUCCACUACUCCUGCCUGACUGGCCACCAGCUCCUGGGUGAGCCUGUUCUCCACUGUGUCCCUGGACACCCAUCAAAGUGGAGUGGACUGCCACCUGUCUGCAAAGCCCGCUCAGCAGAGCAUGAUGGGCACAGAUUAGAUGUAUCUACAGCUCACCUAAGGAUGGAGGGAGUCCAAGUAGCAUUUGCUACCUUCAUCCCUGUCAUCCUCCUCCUCAUCGUCAUCAUUGGGAUCUACCUCUACUUCUCAACGGCUGAGAGGAAGCCACAGCAACUCUCCCUGUCCUCCAGUUUACCAUAUGAAAACAUCACUGGAGAAUCUACGUUUGAUAGCUCUAUUUAUGAGACAACGAACAAUGAGGAAACGAGAGAAUACGAGGUUUCAAUCUGAAGUCGCCCGUGUAUGUGUGCAUGCAUGUGUGUGUGUGCGUGCAUAUGUGUGUGUGUGUGUGUGUGUGUGUGUGUGUGUGUGUGUGUGUGUGUGUGUGUGUGUGUGUGUGUGUGUGUGUGUGUGUGUGUGUGUGUGUCACUCCUUUGGUGACUCCCUCAACACCCUCACAAUGUUCUCUGUACACUGAAUAUGAAUGAGCCUCCCUUUAUUUACCCAACAGAGGACACAUCAGCACCCCUGGAACACCUGGGCCAACUGGAUUAUUUUUCUAGCUCUUCAACAGUAAAGGUCCAGCAGCAUCAACUUGUACAGUUUUUAAUCCUGUGCUCACAUCCUGAGAACUUUCAGAGGUAACACCAUCUGAGAAAGCUGAAGGAAUCAAUGCAAAGCUAGUGCCAUUAUGAGCAUAAAACCGCAGAUUUUAUGUUGUGUUAUGUACAUUAUACACUAUGUCUUCUGCCACUAUCAGAAGAAUAAUGCUUAUGGGAUGUAUAAGAUCUUAGAAAUAAACGUCAUAGACACAGCAGUAUUAACUUUUAUCAAAGUAUGCCCAAAACUGCUUUGAACUGAUGAACCUUAUGAGAAAAAAAUCAGAAUGUGCCUUAAUGUAAAAGGCCCUUGAAGAAAUAACUUCAUAAAAUAUGUUCAGAUUGACCAUUCCCUUGUCUCUAUAUUCAGUAUAGAGGUGAAGUCAGAGUAUUGCUAACCUAGCUUAGCAUAAAGACUGGAGGCAGGAGGAAACAGCAAGCUUGUCAUAAGCCCAAAUACACCAACCGAUAGCUUUGAAGCUCAAUAUGAUGUACCUGUUAGUUCACAGUCAAACACAAAACCAUGAAAGCAGAAUUUUGCAGUUGUAUGGAUAUAAUAUUUUCUUGACACAUAAUACUUCAUCGGUUUGCCAAGUAUGGACAUUGAAGAUUGUUUUAUUGUGACAUGGUGAAAAAAGCUGGACCUAGCAAAGUCUCUAACACUGUAGGAACACGCUGUGCUACUUCACACCAAAGCAACAGUAGCUUACUAGAAGCACCACCGAGUCCAUACAGGAGCUAACAUUAGCUACAUUGUGCUAACAGGGCUGUACAAAAAUUAAACUGUUGGGAAUAUUUCAUAACAGCAUCCUGUGAAGGUCUUGUUAGUGUAACUCCUGAACAUCAAACACCGGAGAACUACCUGUCUAGACACAAAUCCCUGCUUGUGCUUUCCAGAGGAAAAUUUUACUGCUCAAAGCUUGCUCGUCGGAGUCAAAGGUGUGAUUCUCAUUACAGCCCAAUUCUAUUUUAAAUAAAUAAAUAAAAUGUGUUUGUUUGUUUGUAUUUUCUCUGAAAACUUACAAAUUCAGAAGGAGAAAUGGGUGAGACACUAGGACAGUGAUUAGCAACAGGAGUCAUACUUAACUCCAUUUAUUUCUCAAAUGAGCUACAUUUGAGCUCUAUGUGAGAUUUCUGUGGUACACAUCAUAUGUUAUAUAAUAUAUAGUAUGAGUCCUGUUGCUACUUGUCCUCCUUUUGCCUCACCUAGUCCUCCUAGUGAAUUUGUGAGUUUUGGGAGGGGGAGAAACAUAUUAUCCAUCCAUCCAUCCAUCAUCUCGUACAUCACUCAGUCCUCAGUAGGGUCAUGGGGGGGGGCUGGAGCCUAUCCCAGCUGACUUAGGGUGAAGACAGGGGACACCUGGACAGGUAACAGUCUAUCACAGGGCCACAAAUAGAGACAAACAAUCACACUCACAUUCACACUUACAGACAAUUUAGAGUAACCAAUUAACCUCAGCAUAUUUUUGGACUGUGGGAGGAAGUCGGAGUACCCGGAGAAAACCCACAAAUGCACAGGGAGAACAUGGAAACUCCAUGCAGAAAGAUCCCGGGAAGGCUGGGACCUGGGGAUCUUCUAGCUGCAAGGCGAAAGUGCUAACCACCAAUCCACUGUGCAGCUGACAAAUUUUAUUUAUGGGAAAUAAAAUGAGGCUGAAAUGAGAAUCACAACUUUUCCUCCUGAGCUAUAAGGAGCAAAUUUUGAGCAGUAAAAAUGUUCUCUGGGUUUACACAAACGACUGUGAUGUUUUGAAUAGGAGUCAGUUCUAAUGAUUUGUUGGAUCAUAAUUGGAAAUGUACUUUUAGGUAUUACCCCACUGGUUUAAUUGCCUACCAACUGUAUGACUGGUGGAUUUAAAUAUUUGCAAAGAUGGACAACACAUCACAACUUCAUCCCGCUGUAUAAAAGUGGAGCCAUAAUAUCUCAGAUACAGUUGCUGUUAUCCUUCCACUUGGAAUAGAGCCAGGCUAGCUUCCCUCUGCUUCCAGUCAUAUGCAAACCCAAGCUGAUCCAAUCCUGUCUUUGCACUUUAUGCACAGACAUGAAACUGGAAGUAUUUCUUCAUAUAGUAAUGGUAGCAGAUACACUUAUGUUACAUAUCAUAUACUCAAUAAAUCCCAACACAGCAUCCACUUUCGAUGGAAAUUAUUGAAGUUUGAAUUAACUUUAAGAAAGAUGACACUGAUUCCACAUGUUCAUAUAUGAUUUACAGAAAUAAAGACAGAAGUUUUGAUUUCUUAUUGGUCAAUCAUCAUCAGUUUAGCCUCACAAAUUCAGUUUGAACACUUAUAGUGACAUUGCAAUGCGACAUUACAGCACAUUAAACUUUAUAAAGCUAUAGGAAAGUGCACACUGGGCAGGCUGUUGUUCUUAUUACCAUUACCUGUUUGGAGAUAGUGUCGAAAUUUAUACCAUUGCUGUCAUUCUAAAAUACAGUAUAUAUUGUCCUAUGAUAAUAUGUCUCCAUGCAAGCUGGUGUGAUGACAAUGAUAAUAAUCAACCUAUUUUUGAAUCAUUGUACAUAAAGUACUGAUUAUCCUACUUCACAAACAUCUUCAAUAAAAGCUAUUGUUCAGAAAAACA